AUGGGCACUUGCUUAAAGGUUACUAAAGUUAUUGGGACAACCACUCUUGGGAUCUUAGCUGGUUCAUUAACUCUUCAAACAUUUUCCAUUUUCCCUUAUUUAUCUGACAUUUUGCCAUUUACUAAGAAAAAUGACUUCCAAGAUAACUUGAAUACUCUAACUUCGAAUAUUCAUAAAUUAAUCUAUUCAUUGGGUUCGAUUUCUUCUUCAUUGUUUUUGUUAACUUUUUUCAAGUCUCCAAAACGUUUACGUCAUCCUUACUUAUUAUAUGCUUCAAUUCCUGUUCAAUUUGCUUUAGGUUAUUUAUUUUUUAAAACUAAUUUGUUAGAAUCAAAGUUAUUGAGUUCAAUUGAAACAGAUUUAGGUUCAAAAACCCCAGAUCCAAAUGAAUUGAUUAAACCUCAAAACGUUGAAAAACCAAAAUCAAGUGAUGCAGUUAAAUCCAAUCCUCAAGUUUCUCAAUUGAAAAGAGAAUUGAGAGAAGAACCCUCUCAUUUAGAUAAAUCCGGGUUUUUAAAACCUGACAUUAAUGAUUCCGCAGCUGAAAAAGUUGAAGAAGAAUCAAAUGAGCAUGAGCAUGAAAAUGAAAAUGAAAAUAAUGAUGAUUCUCCAACCAUUGAAAAAGAAGUUGAAAACUCAAUUUAUAAAGCAGAUGCUGAAACUACUUUGAAAAAAAUUAAAGCCGAUUAUACUUUAAUCACUUCUUUAGUUUCUCUUUCUUUUAUUCUUUCUGCUAUUGGUAUUCAUGGUGACAUUCGUGGUUAA